AUGGAUGUAUGUUCAAAUGGAAUGUUUCAAUUUCGUAAUACAGCAUUUCGUCUUCAUCCAUCUUAUUGUUCAAAUGAAAAUGAGAAAAAAAGUGAUUCAUUACCAAAUUCUCCACAUUUAAAACCGGAAAAUUCUUCUUCUUCAUCUUCAUCUUCAUCUUCAUCGGCAAUUUUAACUGAAAAUGAAACAUGUCGUACAAUUGUUUCAAUGUUACUUAAUCAACGUAAAACAAAUCAAAGUCUUGAACAACAUCUUAAACAAUUACAAUCAACAACAACAACAAAUCAUUCAAAUAAAGCUUCAACAUCUCAAUCACCAACUGAAUCGAACAGUAAUAAUGAUCAAUCGAAUUCUAAUCAAUCAUCAUUAUCAACUAAACGUUUUUCUCUUGAUGAACAUCAACAACGAAAUUUAUUUUUUCAAAAUUCUCAACAUCAUUUUUUAACACAUUCACUUAGUAAACAAAUCAAUUCUUCUUAUUUAAAUAAAAUAAAAUCUUUGUUUUUAGCAUCAUCAUCAUCUUUAUCAUCAAGUAAUUCAACAGGUUAUUCAAGUGGUUCAUCUUCAUCAACAUCUUCUCUUGAUAGUAGUAGUACAAUUUUAUCAGCAUAUAGUUCACGUUCAAAUAGUUCAUUAUCAGAACGAAGUAAAACAUCUCCAACACCAUUAAAACAAAUUUCAAUUCAGUAUUUACCAACAAUAAAUGAAUCAAAUAUUCAUUUACCAAUAACAACAGAUGAUGAAGUUACACAAUUAACAUCAUUUAAUGAAAAUAAAUAUCAAACAAAUAUUUUACCUAAACAACAAUCACCAAUACCAACAACAUCACAACAAUUAGAUACAAAUACUAAUAAAACAUUAACAAAACGAAGAAAAACUAUUACAUUAGAGUGUGGUCAACGUCCAACAACUCGAUCUCGAAGUAUUAGUGAACGUGGAUGUGCAACUAAUUGUAGUAGUAGUAAUGAUCUAUCACCAAUAAUAACACGUAAACGAAAAGCAUCAGUUAAUUGUGAACAAAAUGAAAGUGAAAUAAAACGUACAAAUAUUGAUUAUAUUAAAUAUUUAGAUGAAAUGAAAACUCAUUAUAUAAAAACAAGUACAAAUCGUCAAACAAACGCUACAAUAUGUUCAAAUAGUCAAAUAUUAAAUAAAAAUCAAUUAGCAUCAAGACUAAAAGUGAUUGAUUUUUUAAAAGAUCAUAUUUAUCCCACCGAUUCAGCAAUAUCAUCGUUUCAAUUAGAAAAUCAAGAUUUAUUUCCUAAAAAACGUUUAUUAAAUCAACGUAUACGGGAAAUUCGUCAAAAAUUGAUGAGUCAUGUUAAUCACCAACAACAACAACAACAACAACAUGAAAUUCUACAUGAACCAUCAUUAUAA